AUGUGGGACUUUACUAAGGUGGCACUCCUGCUAUCUUCCCUGACCUCAGUGGUUCUGGCCCAAGGCUCCUUCUUUAACAACACUCAACAAUGGAGACGAGGCAAGAUGGACAAGAUCAGAAAAGUGGCCCACAACUCAUUAUCUGACACACAGCGCACAGGUGUGACAGAGUGGACGUCCUGGUUCAACAUCGACCAUCCAGGUGGUAAUGGAGACUACGAGCGGCUGGAGGCCAUCCGUUUCUACUACAGAGAGAGGGUGUGCCCCCGUCCCACAGCCAUGGAGGUCCGCACCACAGACUGGGUGGCGGCGUCUGAUACUGGGGAGGUGGUCCACUCCAGCUUGGAGAAGGGAUUCUGGUGCAUCAACAAGGAGCAGCCCUAUGGCCGCAUCUGUUCCAACUACCAUGUUCGCUUCCAGUGCCCUCCAGUCCAGGCCUAUUGGACCGACUGGAGCGAGUGGGGUCCCUGUUCAACCAUGGCUUGUAAUGACGUGGGCAUCCGGGUCCGCCACAGGACCUGCGUGAGCACCCAGGUUGUGCCGCUCCUGUUGGUGCCAGCAUGCCAGGGGCACCAUUCAGAGAGAAGGGAGUGUGCCACCCCUCCAUGUUCAGCCAAAUGGAGUCCAUGGGGUCGGUGGGGUGCGUGUUCGGUGACCUGUGGAGGAGGCCGUCGAAUCAGAAGGAGGACCUGUGUGAGGACCUCUUUGACGGUGCAGUGUGUUGGACGACCUGCAGAGUUACAGAAGUGUGGGAGACAUCCAUGCCCUGCCAAAUGUCAGACCGUUUGCACAGAGGGCCGUCCCAGCGAGGACUGCAGCCAGUGUGUGUGUGACGGCCAAGUGCUGCAAGGAGAAGUUUACAGCGUGACUGGUGUUCCCCUGGCAGGGGCAAGUGUGGCAAUGGCCAACAGCCCAAAGGUCAUCCUAGCACGUACAGAUACCAAGGGCCAGUUCAGACUCCCAGGAGUCUGCUCCUCCAGCCCAACUCAGCUCUCUAUCAGGAAGGAGAAAUUUGCUCCGGCUGUGGCCUCCUCGUCCAGUAAAACCACAGGAAUAUCCUGGGUGCGGGUUACCCUCAAAUCAGCUGAAAAGCCAUACAUCGUGAAGCACCCAGAGGACAAAGUGCGUUACGAGGGAGGACGUGCGCUGUUGUGCUGCAAAGCAACAGGAUUGCCCAUGCCCGACAAAUAUUACUGGUACCACAAUGGGACACUGCUGGACAGAAAGGUGUAUAAGUAUGAAGAGGACCUUGUGCUAAAAGACCUGAAGCCUGAGCAGUCAGGACAGUACCACUGCAAAUCCAGCAGCCCCGCUGGCAGCAUCAAGUCCUCUCCAGCCUCUCUUACUGUUCUUGCUACGGGAGCACCGGCAUGCAAUUCCACCCCUGAGAAUCAUCUCAUCAGACUCCCGAUGGAUUGUGUUCAACCUGGGACUGCCUCCAUGUUCUACAACGCUGGCCGCUGCCCUCACAGCAAAUGUGCUGGCUCCUUGGACUAUGAUAUGCGCUGCAGGGAUGGUGGUGGUUUCUGCUGUGGGGUCCAAAGUAUGGAGAGUCGAAUCAUUGACUGUGGGCGCUACAAGUUGCCCGUCCGGGCUGUGACUGAGUGCAGCUGUCAAAAGUGUGUGGAGCCUACUGUGCUGGUUCGUGGAAGAGUGGUCACAGCAGACAAUAAUGAGCCUCUGCGAUUCGGGCACAUCUACAUUGGUAAAGAAAGAGUGGGCACCACUGGAUACCAAGGUGGUUUCACAUUACACGUCAGGCCAGACACUGAGAGAUUUGUGGUGAACUUUGUUGAUCCCACAGAGAAGUUCAUUGAUACUCCUAAAGUAUUUAUAUUUGAUAAGAGGGGUGGCUCUAUCUACCACGAUGUGAAGGUAAUGAGAAAGCAGGUACCAAUUGAUAUCGAUGCAGGAGAAACCAACACCAUUGAGCUGGGAGACAUUCAGGGGGAGGACCCCAUAGGCCAGUUAGUUAUUCCCCCCAAUUCUUUCCACAAAGAAAAUGGAGAGGUUUAUGAAGGAACUGUGAAAGCCAGCGUCACAUUCAUUGACCCAAGAAAUAUCACUACAGCUGCUGCAGCCCCUGGUGAUCUCAAUUUUGUGGAUGAUGAAGGUGAUAUGCUUCCAUUGAGGACCUAUGGCAUGUUUUCUGUUGACUUCAGGGAUGAGACCAACCAGGAGGUCCUUGGCGCAGAAGCAGUUCAAGUCCUUCUUGACACACAGCAUGUCAAGAUGCAAGAGCACAUCCCCAAAAUGAAACUCUGGUCCUUGAAUCCAGAUACAGGGGUAUGGGAGGAGGAGAGUGACUUUAGCUACACUCAGAGAACUACCGGUGGCCAUGGGAGGAGCAAACGAGAGGAGCGCACAUUCCUCAUUGGCAACAUGGAGAUCAGAGAACGAAGGCUGUUCAACCUGGAUGUACCUGAAAAUCGUCGUUGCUAUGUCAAAGUCCGAGCCUACAUGAGUGACAAAUUCCUUCCUACUGAGCAGUUGGAGGGUGUUGUAAUCAGCUUGAUCAACUUAGAGCCCAAGCCUGGCUACUCGUCAAAUCCCAGGGCAUGGGGCCGCUUUGACAGUGUCAUAACCGGACAUAAUGGGGCCUGUUUACCAGCUUUCUGUGAUGCCCAGAGGCCUGAUGCUUACACAGCCUAUGUCACGGCAAUGAUAGGUGGGGAGGAAUUGGAGGCAGCUCCUUCUUCCCCAAAGAUGAAUCCAAACAUCAUUGGGGUGUCUCAACCAUAUUUGGAUAAAAUAGAUUACCAGCGCUCAGACCAUGAGGAUCCAGCCCUGAAGAAAACGGCAUUCAGCAUUAACUUGGCAAAGCCUAACCCAAAUAAUUUUGAGGAAACCAAUGGACCGAUAUAUCCAUAUCGGAACUUAAUAGCCUGUGAAAAUGCCCCUGUUGAUGCGAAUCAUUUCAGAUUCUUCAGAGUGGAAAAGGACAAAUAUGAAUACAAUGUUGUUCCUUUCCAGGAGACUGAUUUGACAACCUGGACAGGAGACUACCUCUCCUGGUGGCCUAAUCCUCAGGAGUUCAGGGCCUGCUUCAUCAAGGUCAAGAUCCAUGGACAGAAGGAAGUGAUGGUCAGGUCAAAGAACAUGGGAGGAACACACCGUGAGACCAAAGGCAAGCUUUAUGGCAUUAGAGAUAUACGUAGCACUCGGGACAUGAGAGAGAGUAAUACCUCAGCAGCCUGUGUAGAGUUUAAAUGUAGCGGCAUGUUGUUUGAUCAAGCUGAGGUGGACAGAUCCUUGAUAUCAGUCCUCCCACAGGGCAACUGUCGUAGGAUCAACACCAACAGCCUGCUGCAAGAAUACCUCAUUAAACACCCACCGGUCACUCAAAACAAUGAGUCACAUGCAUUCACUAUGUUGGCUCCUUUUGAUCCUCUUGGACACAACUAUGGCAUUUACACAGUCACAGAUCAAAACCCCAGGGUGGCAAAGGAGAUUGCUAUUGGGCGCUGCUUUGAUGGCACCUCAGACGGCUUUUCCAGGGAGAUGAAGUCAGACUCUGGGGUGGCCCUGACCUUCAACUGCCCAGAAAGGAAAGUUAACAGGGAAAGCCUCUUCCAACGACUGCAGACGAACCCAGGCCAGACGUUGUCUCAAAUGGCCAGGGAUAUGAGGGAGCUUGAAGGUCUGCAGGUGCAGCGAGCAUCCACCCAGGUGGUAGGCUAUCCUUCAGAGCAGCGAAGCAGGACCCAGAGUCGCAGGAUUACUAGCUCAACAACCAGAAGGAGAGUAUCAGUGAGAAUGCAACAAAGCCAAUAG